CACCCAAUCUAAUCCCUCUCGCCUCCAAGCCCUAAAACCUUCCCCAAUUUCUACUCUCAAAUCUAACAUCGUACCUACGCCCUGUGGGAUCGGCGAAAUGGCAAGUUCCACCACCAGCACUGUCUAUGUCCAAGUCAUCGAGGACGUUAUCAGCAAAAUCAGAGAAGAGUUUAUCAACAGCGGUGGCCCCGGCGAAGGAGUCCUUAACGAACUUCAAGGAUUAUGGGAGUUGAAGAUGAUGCAAGCUGGGGCUAUAUUUGGCCCAAUUGACAGAUCUGCUUCGAAGUUGGCGGCUCCUGGGGCUCCGACAAACCCUGUUCAUGAUCUUAAUGUACCCUAUGAAGGACCUGAAGAGUACGAAACGCCUACUGCUGAUUUACUUUUUCCUCCGACUCCAAUGCAAACACCUUUGCCUGCUCAAACACCAUUACCAGGAACAGCCCCAACACCUUUACCAGGGACGGUGGAUAGUUCCUACAACAUACCGACUGGGGGCACUCCCAUUACCCCAAAUGAUUAUCCUCCUGUGAACGAGGAUGGAGCUUCGGAAAGCAGAGCUGGGAGACCUAGUCCAUACAUGCAACCACCUUCUCCUUGGUUAAACCAAAGGCCCCCUCUUGAUGUUAAUGUUGCUUAUGUGGAAGGGCGUGAAGAGGUCGAAAGAGGAGUCGCCGGUCAACCCACUACUCAGGAUUUCUUCCAAGCAUCUACUGGGAAGCGGAAGAGGGACGAUUUUUCUUCACAAUAUCGUCCAGGUGGAUAUAUUCCACAGCAAGAUGGAGCUGGAGACGUGUUUGCUGACAAGUCUGAGGUUGGUCAAGGAAGUCGUUCUCAACUUGGAAUUGUCAUUGCUGGUAACAAAAAGCUAGGGCACGGACUUAAGUUAUCUCAAAUUCCUCAAUUGGAUGGACCUAUUCCUGAUCCCUAUGAUGAUGCAGUUUCUACACCAAAUAUAUACAACUACCAAGGAGUUGUCAAUGAAGACUAUAAUGUAGCGAACACACCAGCACCCCCAGAGCUACAAGCACCAACUCCUGCCAUGGUCAACCAGAAUGAUGUUAUAGACGAUGAUGAAGAAGAGCCUUUGAAUGAAAAUGACGAUGAUGAUGAUCUGGAUGAUGUGGACCAAGGCGAAGAACUAAGUACACAUCACCUAGUUCUGGCUCAGUUUGACAAGGUGACUCGUGCAAAGAGCAGGUGGAAAUGCACUCUCAAGGACGGCAUUAUGCACAUAAACAACAAAGAUGUUUUGUUCAAUAAGGCGACAGGCGAGUUUGACUUCUGAUUAUGCCCAACAUCAGCCCGAAAACUUGUCAACUGACGGCCGCUACUCUCUGAUUAAUAGCUCAAGUCCACUUUUGAGUUUAAAAAGAACUUCAAAUGAGAAAGGGGAAAAGCAUACCAGCUGUAUAUAAAGUGGGAGAGCUUCUUAUUUGGCCCUGGUAUUUAAUUCAUGGCUACUUUUGAGUUACCUGCAGAAACUGGACCUUUCUUACAUGGAUGGCUAAUUCCAGUUAUACCCUUUGGGCUUUUUGGUCAACUUUAUGUCACAUUGCAUUAUUUAUCUAUCAUUUACUACCAUUAAAAUUGUCUCCAUUUGUUCUGAAUGUUCCUUAAUUCAAAUUUGUUGCCU